AUGGAUGCCUUGCCGGUUUCCUUCUCUCACCGGGCCUCUGAGCCUGAUGUAAGGCCCCAACAUUGGCUGAAGGACUCCGCAGCACAAGCAGCAGCAGCACCGGCAGCGGGUGCUGCUGCAGCAUCCGCUGCAGCAGCAGCGGAAGCAGCAGCAGCAGCAGCAGCAGCAGCAGAAGCAGAAGCAGAAGCAGCCACCAAAGAUGACACUGCACGAUGCGAGGCCUUCUUCUUCAAAGAAGCUGAACUCGUGCUGCAGCAGCUGCACACUCUGGCUGACCUCACCCAACAGGCAGCAGCACUUGCUCUUGAGGAUGCCUCCAUAGAGAAAACCGAGUCAGCAGCAGCAGCAGCGGCAGAGGCAACAACAGCAGCAGCACGACCAGCAACAUCUUCUCCUGUGACUGCAUCUUGCAGCUCCCAGCAGGGGAAUGGUUCUGCAGCGCCCGCUGCAGCAGCAGCAGCAGCAGCGGCAGCAGCAAAAGCAGCAGAAGGGGAGCAGCUAACGGUUUUCAGUGUGGAUGUGUGGCUGCGUCGUUUUUGUAGCAUAGCAGCAGAAGUUGUAUAUACACUGGAGCGAUAUCAGGAGCAGCCGCAGUUGUUAGAUCCUUACUUGCCUCAGCAGCUAGAAGUACUUGUACAGCCCGUUAGGCGGCAUUUGCUGCUGCUAGCGCAGGAGCAGCAGCAGCUGAAGCGCAUUCGUUGUAAGUGGGCAGCAGCAGUUUCUUGCUGCUGUCUCCGCAUGCUGCUGCACCUGGUGUACGUACACUGCAAAGUGAGGGGAACGAAAGCCAUUCGCUCUCUGCUGCCACAAGAGCCCGAGCUGCUGGAGCAGGUGCUGGCUGCUGCAGCUGCACUACAGCAGCAGCAGCAACAGCAGCAGCAGCAGUAUCAGGAGCGGGAGGAGGAGCAGCAGCAACCUCAGAGCAAUGAUAAUUCGUGCGCAGGAGCAGCACAAGAUGCAAAAGCAACAGCAGCAGCAGCAGCAGCAAGAGCAGAAGCAGCAGCUGCUGCUGUUUGUCGCGACAGCGCGCCUCUUUGGAGUUCUAUCUUUACCCUUUUUGCUUGGCUUUCUCUCCUCGUGUUAGCUCCCUUUAGUUUGCUGUCUCUAGACUCCAACAGCAACACAAACCAGCAGCAGCAGCAGCAGCAGCAGCUAGUGCAGAAUCAGCAGCAGCAGCAGCAGGAAGAGCAGCAGCAGCAACGGGAAGAAGAGCAGCAAUUGAAGUUGGCUGAAGCAGCAGACGCUCCUCUGGGUUGGCGUCUGCUGCACUUGUCUCUCUCCACCUUCUCAGGGGCCUCCAAAGCAACAGAUGCUGCUGCGCUGCUGCUGCAGUCUCUCUUUUUGCGGCCAGAUACGCAUCAGCAGCAGCAGCUUCUCCUACGAACCUUCCUUCGGUACUGCGAGCUCAAACUCUGGGGCCAGCAGCAACAAGACCAGCAGCAGCAGCAGCAGCAGCAAGAACAGCAGCAGCAGCAGCAGCAGCAGCCGGGAGUUGGCAGCCUGUUUGCUCUCGCCGCCUUGCAGAAGGUGCUAAAGAUACUCCGCGCAGCAGAUGCUGCUCCGCUGCUGCCUAGGAUCCAGCGCCUCGUUCUGCAGCAGCAGCAGCAGCAGCUACUGCAGGCCUCGGCGCUCCUUCGCAAGCAUCAGCUUUCGUGUGCUGCUCGCGUUGCGCUGCUGUUGCUGCCCAGUAAGCCUGCGAAGUGGCGGUACUGCAUAAACGCUCGCUCUCUGGAGCUGCUGCUGCAGCAGCAGCAGCAACAGGAGCAGCAGCAGGAGCAGCAACAGGAGCAGCAGCAGGAGAAGGAGGAGGAAAAAGAGGAGGCGGAGGCAGCAGACAUUUCUGAAGCAGCAGCAGCAGCAGUUGAGGCCUUCCUCUCUCUUGCGCUGCAGCGCCUCGCCGAUGCAGACAGCAGAGUGCAGUGGGUAGCAGCAAAAGGAAUUGGCCGGGUCUCCCUAGCCCUACCCAAAGAAUUUGCUGAACAGGUUUGCUGCGCGGUGCUGCAAAACUUUGAAGCAGAGACGUUGCCGUUGCUUCCAAGCGCAGCAAGCGGUGCUGCAGCAACAGGAACUGCAGCAGGAGGAGCAGCCGCAGGAGCAGGAGCAGGAGGAGAAGCAGCAAAGACAGCAGCAGCAGCAGCAGCAACAGACAGUCUGUGGAGAGAGAGUAUAUCAGGGGCCUCUUCUGCUGCUGGAGAGAGGCUUUUGAGUGGCACAUGUCUCGCUGUUGCAGAGCUGCUGCGGCUGGGGGCAGUGCAGCAGCAGCAGCUGCCUCAGGCGCUGCGGUUCUUAUGCCGCUGCGUCGUGUAUACCGGCCGCAGCAGCAGCAGCAGCAGCAGCAGUAGCAGUGGGUCGGGUGCAUGCGUGAGAGAUGCUGCUUGUUAUGGGGCUUGGGCCUUUGCACGCUGCUACUCUGCUGCAGCAGCAGAUUUGCUGCUGCGGCGCUCUCUGGGGAGGCAUCUGCUGCUGGCGCUGCUGUUUGAUAGCUCCGUCUGCAUGCGACGUGCUGCUGCUGCAGCAUUCCAGGAAAUCGAAGGCAGACAAGGGCAGCUGCAGCAGGGCCUCAGCAUUAUUACAAUAGCAGACUACUUUACGAUUGGCAGCAGACGCAGCAGCUUCCUUGUUGCUGCACCUGCUAUUGCUGCCCUCGAACCUCAGCUGCAGGAGCAGCAGCAGCAGCAGCAGCAGGAUGUACCUCUGUCUAUUGUUCUACUCGAAUAUUUGUGCUGCCGGGUGUACAGACACCCCGAUCCUCAAAUGAGGCAGUUAGCUGCUGCUGCUGUUGCACGCAUUACUCCCUACGCCAAACCCUACGCUGCCUCCGUGCUGCUGCCGCUGCAGCUGCAGCGACUGCAGCAGCCCAGCGCUGCGCUUGAGGAGCUGCACGGCGCCUAUCUGCUGCUUGCUUCCCUCGUGGAGGCACUUCCAGCAGCACCAGAUGUUGCUCCUGUUCCUGCUGCUGCUGCAGCUUCUGCUGCUGCUGCUGCUGCUGGUGCGGGGGCAGCAGCAGCAGCACAACGUGCUGUGGGCGCCGCGGCAGAACUGGCACGGGAGGGCAGCAACGCAGCAGCAGCAGCAGCAGCAGCAGCAGCGGCAGGGGUGGUGGAUGCGCAUGUGCAGCAGCAAGUGAGGAACAGCCUCGUUGUCUUUGAAAAGCAAAGACCGUACAGACGAAGAGGAGGAGAUCUCUUAAGAGAAGCUGUCUGCAGCUUUAUCACCUCCAUUGCAACGAACAAAUCGUGGGCCUUUAGGUCGGCAACGUGCAGCAGAUAUUUAGAUUCUUGCUUCGAUAGCCUCAAGUCAUUUGCUGCUGCUGUUCAAUAUGCAGCAGCAGAAGCCAUUCGCGCGCUGCUGCAGCACCGCAUGCCGCCGCAGCAGGCGCAGCAGCAAAUCCUACCCAAACUGCUGUUGCUGCUGCAGCAGCAGCACCACGUCGCCGCCCGCAGCGGAUUCCUGCUGGGUCUGGCUGCGCUGCCUGCUCAGGUGUAUCGCCUGGAGCUGCAGAAGCAGCAGCAACAGCAGCAGCAGCAGAGGCAGGCGGCGUCAGUGCAGCAGCAGAACCGAAGCGACACCCAGGAUGGGCAGCUGGUGCAGCAGGAGCAGCAGCAGCUGCUGCUGCUGCCUGUUCUGCUGCAGGAAGCAACGGCGCUGGCUCCUUUGGGGUGUACAGACCUCAACGACCCCAACAGCAGGAGAAGCGCUUUGCUGUGUCUGUCUUCUCUUAUAGAAGCAGUAUCUCCAGUGCAUGCAGCAGCUGCGGCUGCGGCGGCAGCAGCAGAAGCAGGGGAGGAGGAAGCCCCCGCAGCGGCAGCAGCAGCAGCAGAGGCAGCAGCAGCAGCAGCAAGUCUUGACUGGGAGGCUAUUGUGAGCUGUCUAGACACCUGCGCUGCAGAUUAUUCUGUUGAUCAGAGAGGGGACGUAGGCAGCUGGGUGAGAGAAGCUGCUGCUGAAGUUGCUGCUCUCAUUCUAGAGUCCUUUCCUUGCUGCUGCAAUAGACGCAGCAACAGCAGCAGCAGCGAGAGCAGCAGCAGCAGCGGGUGCAGCACCGGUGGCGCUGGUGCUGCUGCUGAGGGACAGCUAUCUAUGGCGGAGCUGCAGCAGCAGCAUCUUGCUGCUGCAUGUGGACCUGACCUGCAGCAGCGGCAGCAGCUGCUGCAGUUGCUGCUGCGGAUGUCUCUAGAAAGCCUCACAAGAACGCGCAGCAGAGCUGCCUUCCUUCUUAGUCGCCUCCUGGCUCCACUGCCUGCUGCAGCAACACCACAACAAAUAUUCAAAGCGCGGUGGAUAUGGAGGCGGGUGCUGUAUGAAGUCGCUUAUGAAUAUGAUGCGCAGCAGCAGGUGUCUGCUUCUGCUGUUGCUGCUGCUGCUGCUGCUCCCAAUUAUCUUCAUCCGCGCUGCUGCUGCAGCUCCUGCAGCAGCAACAGCAGCAGCACCAGCAACAGCACCGACAGCAGCAGAAACAGGUGUUUGAUGUCUCCAUUUGUUCCCUCAGCAAUGCCGCUGCUGCAGCACGCCUUUGGUUUGCUCCAGCUGAAGCAGCAGCAGCAGGAAGAAGAGACGCGUCCAGAGGAGCCGUUUGCUCAGCAGCAGCUCUCGUCGCUUCCCCCUGUGCACCAGCAGCAGCAGCAGCAGCACAGCAGCAGCAGCAGCAGCGCGAAGGAUGAAGUUUUAGUGCGGUCGUUCUUAGAAGGUGGUGCUGCUGCGCUGCAGCGGACUCACAAAGCAGCAACUUCUCUUCGCCUGCAGGUGUAUUGCGAUUCAUUUCAGGUGUACAGACACCUCGUGCCCCUGUUGCUGCUGCGGCAGUUUGCUGCUGCUGCUGCCGCAGGAGCUGCACUCGGCCUUGGUGCUUCCCUAGGCAGCGCAGCAGCCAGCGCACAAGGGGGAGCCUUCACUGCGCUUCUGCUUGCAGAUAGCAUGCAGCAGCAGCAGCAGCAGGUGGAGCAGCAGCAGCAGCAGCAGAGCAUUGUGCUUGAAGAUGAUAAGGCAACAUAUGCAGCCUUGAUCGCAGCGGCGCUGCGGGCCCGUAAAGAGCAGCUGCAGCAGCAGCAACACGAGCAGCAGCAGCAGCAGCAGCAGCAGCAGCAGAAUGCGGAGCAGCAAGGAGCGGCUGCGGACGUGGGUAGUGCUAUCGUAGAGGUGCUGAUGAGUACUUGGGAGCAGCCUAUGAGUUCAUCAGCAGCAGGAGCAGCAGCAGGAGCAGCAGCAGCAGAAUCGGGAGCACCAGCAGCAAAAGCAGCGGGCCACGCGGAGUAUCAGAAGAAGCUGCGGGAAGCAGCAACAUCUGCAUGCGCUUUGCUGCUGCAGAACAACUUUUUAGCAGCAGCAGACGUACCGCGGCUGCUGCAGGCCCUCUGGCGUCUGGUGGGAGUCCGUAAAGGCAGCAGCAGCAGCAGCAGCAGGAGAGGCACCCAGGACUUUGACAUGCUGCGGCGCACAUGCAUCUUAGCGGUCUCCCUUGCUGCUGCGAGGCCCCGAAUACCCUCUGCAGCAGGCGCAGCAGCAGACAUGGCAGCAGAUGCAGAAGCAGCAGCAGCAGCAGCGCAUGCGCAGCGCGUGAGCUGCUGUCUCGCCAUCCGCUUCUUGAGGCAUCCGUUCCCCAAGUUGAGGGCGAUAGCAGCUGAGCAGCUAUACUCCUUUUUGCUGCUGCUACCUGCAGCAGAGGUAACCUCCCCUGACCAGCAGCAGCAGCAGCAGCAGCAGCAGCAGCAGCAGCAGCCAUUCAGUCUGCCGCAGCAGCAAAUCGACAAGGCUGUAGAGCUUCUCAUAACCACUCCGUGGGUGCAGCUCACGCAGCUGGUCUCGCAACAGCAACAGCAGCAGCAGCAGCAGCAGCAGCAGCCGUGCAUGCAAUUGAUGCAGCUACUGGGCCUUGAGGAAGAGUGGCAGGACUGCCCAUUACAACAGCAAAUUACCUCUGACUUCAGCGGCAGCAGCAGCAGCAGCAGCAGCAGCAACAGGAACAGCAGCAGCAGCGCAGCAAUGGCAACAGCACCAGCUACUGCUAUGGCUGCAGCAGAUGCAGCUGCUUCUGCUCAGGUCGUUUUUGCGAAGAGCAGCAGCAGCAGCAGCAGCAUCGGCAGCAGCAGUAGCAGCAGCUGCAUCGGCAGCAGCAGCAACAGCAGCAGCAGGGCCUCUCCGGAGUAUUCUUUUUAUUUUACAUUGCAAAGUAUGCUGCAGCAGCAAGAAACAGCAGCGCAGCAGCAGCUGCAGCAGUGUGCUGCUGCUGCUGCUGUGGGCUCUGUUGCUCCAUCCACUCUGGAUUGUGCUCCUGCUGCUGCAGAUGCUGCUGCUGCUGCAGGUACUGCUGCUGCUGCCGCUGCAGCAGCAGUAGGCACCGAUGUGGGAUCGCCUCCAGGAAUCGAUCCCAGCGCUCGCCCCACAACUGAGCCUAAUGUCCCGGUAGGGGCACCAGCAGCUGCAGCAACUGCAGCAAGUGCAGCAGCUGCUGCUCCUGCUGCUGUACCGGUAGCAGCACAAUUCGCACCUGUGGAGCAGCAGCAGCCAGCUGCUGCUUGCGUGGAUACGGCUGCUGCUGCAGUACCAGCAGGAGCAGCAGCAGCAGCAGGACAACCCUCUGCUCCUUCAGCAGCAGGGCUGCCUUUUGCUGCUGCUACUGCAGCAGCACCUUCAGCAGCAGCAGCUGCUGCAGGGACCUCCUCAUGCUGCGGCGUUGAGGUCUCAUCAGGCGGAGGGGGAGUAGUGACAGCAGCAGCAGCAGCAGCAGCAGCAACUCCAGCAACAGAAGCACCGGAGGCAGCGGUAUCUGGAGCAGCAGAAACUUUGCCGGAAGCAACAGCAGCAGCAGCAGGAGCGACCGCAGCUGCUGCCGUCCCAAUGGCUAGCAGCAGCAGCAGCAGCAGCAGCAGCUGCAGCAAAUUGCAGGAGGCGCUGCAGAGGGAAAUUGUUAUAGAUGGAGAAACAGAAAUUGAUGAUCUUAUUGUGGCAGCUCAUGUGGCCCAGGCAGACGCAUUGCUGCUGCAGCAGCUGCAGCUGGCGGAGCCCGUACACCCGAAACUGAUGCAGCGGCCACCUGCUGCUGCUGCCCGUCGCAGCAGCAGCACCAGCAGCAGCAGCUGCAACAGCAGCGAUAGCGAAGAUGAGGAGCUUCCUUUGGGCUCUUCUAAGACGGCAGCAGCCGCAGCAAAUGCAGCAGCAGCAGCAGCUGGCACUGGGCUAGCAGCAGAGGGAGAGCUUGAGCAGCAGCGGCAGCUGCUGCAGCAGUGGGAUUCAAGAGAGGGAACAAAAGCAGCAGCAGCAGGUGCAGCAGAUGCAGCAGCAGCAGCAGCGGAUGCCAUGGAAGCAGAUUGCUGCAGCGAUGAAGAGGAAGCGGGAGCGGCAGCAAAGGAAGACCUGCGCUCACUCAUACAACCUAUAGAAGUUGCUGAUUUGCCUUCGUUUGUUCCUGAAGAGGGUGAAUUAAUUUGCUGCGGUUUUGUUGAGUCCAUCAUCGGCACCGCCAUCUGCGUGAAGGCGAAGACAGGUUCGAACCCGAUGGACUUGGGCUCUGUUGUUUGUCUGGAAGACCGCCGCAUCUUAGGAGUAGGUGUGGCUGUGUUGUGUGACGUAGCGCACGCCUCAUUUCUGCUGGAUCAGCACGGGAAGGCCCUUGAUUACCUCCACUCCAGCAGCGGCCCCUUCAGCGGCCGCCCAGAGGAUGGAGGAGAUUGGGAAGAAGACUCAGGGGAUGAUGAGGAGCAGCAGCAGCAGCAGCAGCAACAGCAGCAGCAGCAGCAGCAACAACCGCAACGGCAACAGCGCAGGAGUAAGGGUGCACAGCAGCAGCAGCAGCAGCAAACAGAGCAGCAGCAGGCAAACAGACGCACUCGAUCUCGCAGAGGUAGGAUGCAGCAACAGCAGCAGCAGCAGCAGCAGCUGGGCGUUGCACAAGUGCCUUCACCUCCACCACCAUGGCAGCAACAGCAGCAGCAGCAGCAGCAGCAGCAUCAUUUGUAUGAUGCAGCGAUCCCGCCUCCCCCUCCUCCGCCAGCCUUCCAAGGCUCAUAUCAGCAGCAGCAGCAGCAGCACUAUAUGCAGCAGCAGCCGCAGUAUAUGCAGCACCCGCAGCAGUAUAUGCAGCAGCAACAGCUGCCACAAUACGUGCAGCAGCAGCAGCAACAGCCUCAGUUUCCCCAGGUGCCGAGGCCACCGCAGCCGCCCCCUUACCCAGUGCAGCAGCAGCAGCAGCAAGUUGCGUCAUUAGUGCAGCCGCAGCAGCAGCCAUACAUACAGCAGCAGCAGCCCUACUUGCAGCAGCAACAGCAACCGUACAUACAGCAGCAGCAGCCUCAGCAGCAGCACUACAUGCAGCAGCAGCAGCCUCAGCAGCAGCCGCUUCCCCAGUUUUAG